AACCCGGAAGUUGAAGCUCUCACUGAAUCUCGCGAUAACUGUGAUGCCAUUGAUUUGAAACAUGGCGUCCGAAGGAGAGGCGGGCAGUGCUGCUACGACCGAACCAGAGACGGGAGAGGGUGAUGCUGCAUUUGGAGAGCUUCCCACCAGCAUGGACACGGAGUCAUCAAACGGCAAAGAGAUGGAGACGGCCGGGGAAGGCUCAGAGGCCGCCGACGCCCUCACUGGAUCCGGAGACGAGGAGAGCGGGAGGCAGCUGGGCGAGGUGGAGCUGCAGUGCGCUCUGUGCAUGAAGUGGUUCACCGCGGACACGUUCGGCAUCGACACGGCGACGUGUCUGCCCUUCAUGACUAACUACGUGUUUCACUGCAACGUGUGCCAUCACAGCGGGAACACCUACUUCCUCAGGAAACAAGCCAACCUGAAGGAGAUGUGUCUCACAGCGCUGGCCAACCUGACAUGGCGCUCCAGAACACAAGACGAGCACCCAAAGACCAUGUUCUCCAAAGACAAGGACAUCAUACCGUUCAUUGACAAGUACUGGGAGUGCAUGACGACCCGCCAGAGACCGGGGAAGCUCACCUGGCCCAACAACAUCGUGAAGACCAUGAGCAAAGAGCGAGACGUCUUCCUGGUGAAGGAGCACCCUGACCCCGGCAGCAAAGACCCAGAGGAGGAGUACCCUAAGUUUGGACUCUUAGACCAGGACCUGGGGAACAUUGGACCCUCCUACGACACGCAGAAGCAGACCACAGCCGCUCCCACUGCAGGCGGGCUGAACGGUGGAUCUUCUUUCUCAGGUGCUCUGGCUCCUGGUCCAGGAAAAGGAAGAGGGGCCAAACGUAAGCAGCAGCAGCAGCAGGAGGGCGCUGCAGCUGGAGCCACCAAGAGAACAAGGAGUGACCCCUUGUUCUCAGCCCAGCGCCUCCCCCCUCACGGUUACCCUCUGGAGCACCCCUUCAACAAAGACGGGUACCGUUACAUCCUAGCAGAGCCGGACCCUCACGCUCCAGACCCGGAGAAGCUGGAGCUGGACUGCUGGGCCGGAAAACCCAUCCCUGGUGAUCUGUACAGAGCCUGUCUGUACGAGCGGGUGCUGCUGGCCCUGCAUGACCGAGCGCCUCAGCUGAAGAUCUCUGACGACCGUCUGACUGUGACCGGGGAGAAGGGUUACUCCAUGGUGCGAGCGUCGCACGGCGUGAGGAAAGGUUCCUGGUACUUUGAGGUCUCUAUCGAAGAGAUGCCUCCGGACACCGCAGCCAGGCUCGGCUGGUCUCAACCGCUCGGUAACCUGCAGGCUCCUCUGGGUUACGACAAGUUCAGCUACUCGUGGCGCAGCAAGAAGGGAACGCGCUUCCACCAGUCCAUAGGGAAACAUUACUCCUCCAGUUACGGUCAGGGAGACACGCUGGGCUUCUUCAUCGAGCUGCCCGACGCCACAGAGACCGCCAAGGCUCUGCCCGACACGUACAAAGACAAGGCGCUCAUUAAGUUCAAGAGCUACCUGUACUUUGAGGAGAAGGAUUACGUGGACAAGGCGGAGAAGAGCCUCAAAUCCAUGACGCCAAGCAAGAUGAUUUUCUAUAAAAACGGAGUGAGUCAAGGAGUCGCGUACGAGAACCUGUUUGAAGGUCUCUACUUCCCCGCGAUCUCGCUCUACAAGAGCUGCACGGUGUCGGUGAAUUUUGGUCCUACGUUCAAACACCCUCCGAAGGAAGUGAAGUACCAGCCGAUGAGCGACAUGGGCUGGGGCGCAGUGAUCGAGCACACGCUGGCCGACAUGUUGUACCACGUGGAGACGGACGUGGAAGGACGCCGCAGUCCUCCGUGGGAAGGAUGAACGGCUGUGAUUUCAGUACGAACUCACCUCCUGCAGUUCAAACAUGGUUCCACCUUCAGAUCAGUUCAAACACAUGAAAGCACCUCACAUCCACAGCCAGCUGUAGAGCAAACUAACUGUGCCUGAUCACAUCUCAUGCAAUAUUUGAUUCACAUAAAACCUGAGGUUCAACUUCUUGAGUUCAACCCUUCAAAGAUGUUGAAGCCGUCGCAGCCUGUGUCAUGGCUGCGGGCUGAAGCAGCUCCAGACUUCCUUGUUAGUCACUUAGCCGUGAGAUUCUGUCCCAGGUUUAAAGUUCUUCGUCUUCAUUAUGUGUUAGCUCACAUUCCUCUGUGAAAAUCAAGCAGCUGAAUCCACUUCUUUUUGGUGCUCUGUUCUGAAACGUGUAAAUAUGGAAGCCGACCGUCUCGUACACUUCACGGUGGUUCUGUAGAGAAGAGAUGAUCCUGCAGUCUUUAGUGUGUUCAGUUAUUCUGCUUAUUUUAUUUGUUUACAAUGUGUGUCAGUUAUUUACUGUUUUAUACUCUUGGUAAAAUAAGAAUAAAAAAAUGCUUCAUGAACAAAAUGAA